GAGAAAUACAGGUUUUUUUUUUGUCAACAAAGUGCUGUGGGCUUGAAUAUAGUCCAGGAAAAUGGAAGUGGACUGGACCCAACCUCAAGCGAAAAACAAUUUGAAACCUGAAGAACCCUAGGUUAGGGUUUUGGAACGAUCUCAGUUAUGGCGUCGCUGGACCCCGAGAUCGCAAAGACGCAGGAAGAGCGUAAGAAGAUGGAGCAGCAACUCGCGUCCCUCACCUCCGUAACCUUCGACACCGAUCUCUAUGGCGGAAGCGACAAGGGCUCCUACCUCACCUCAAUCCCGGCUAACGAGGACGACGACAACCUCGACGCCAUCGAUAACGAGGUUGCUCGCAAGCUCGCGUCCUACACCGCCCCCAAAUCUCUCUUGAAGGACAUGCCCUCCGCCGCCGACUCCGAGGCCGACAAUGGCUUCCGGAGGCCUCAGAGGAUCAUCGAUCGCGAAGACGACUAUCGCCGCAGGCGCCUUAACCAGAUCAUUUCGCCGGAGCGUCACGACCCCUUCGCCGCCGGAGAGAAGACGCCGGACCCCUCCGUGAGGACCUACGCUGAUGUUAUGAGGGAGGAAGCGCUGAAGAGGGAGAAGGAGGAGACCUUGAAAGCUAUUGCCAAGAAGAAGAAGGAGGAAGAGGAGGCCGCGAAAGCCGCUCCGCAACAGCAGCAGCAGCAGAAGAGGAGGAACAGGUGGGACCAGUCUCAGGACGACGGAGCGGCAGCAGUGAAGAAGGCGAAAACGUCCGACUGGGACAUGCCGGACACGACUCCAGGGCGAUGGGAUGCGACGCCAACGCCAGGGAGAGUGACCGAUGCUACGCCCGGGAGAAGGAACAGGUGGGAUGAAACUCCAACCCCUGGUAGAUUGGUGGAUUCUGAUGCAACUCCUGCAGGGGGUGUGACACCUGGUGCUACACCCGCAGGCAUGACUUGGGAUGCAACCCCUAAGCUCUCUGGAAUGGCUACACCAACUCCUAAGAGGCAAAGGUCGAGGUGGGAUGAAACCCCUGCUACCAUGGGUAGUGCUACUCCAUUGCCAGGUGCCACUCCUGCUGCUGCUUAUACUCCUGGUGUUACUCCUGUUGGUGGAGUUGAAUUGGCGACUCCCACUCCUGGGGCUUUGCACGGCUCCAUAACGCCGGAGCAGUACAAUUUGUUGAGGUGGGAGAGGGAUAUUGAAGAGAGGAAUCGCCCCUUGACUGAUGAGGAGCUUGAUGCCAUGUUUCCUCAAGAAGGGUAUAAGAUUUUGGAACCCCCUGCUUCCUAUGUACCCAUUAGAACGCCUGCAAGGAAGCUCCUUGCUACCCCUACACCGUUGGGGACUCCACUUUAUCAAAUCCCUGAAGAAAAUCGCGGGCAGCAGUUUGAUGUUCCCAAGGAAGCGCCUGGUGGCUUGCCUUUCAUGAAACCUGAAGAUUACCAGUACUUUGGGGCGCUGUUGAAUGAGGAGAAUGAGGAGGAGUUGUCGCCGGAUGAACAAAAGGAGCGGAAGAUUAUGAAACUUCUGCUUAAAGUGAAGAAUGGAACGCCCCCGCAAAGGAAGACAGCGUUGAGGCAACUUACUGAUAAAGCUCGGGAGUUUGGUGCUGGCCCGUUGUUUAACCGGAUACUGCCGUUGCUCAUGCAGCCUACGCUGGAGGACCAGGAGAGGCAUCUCUUGGUGAAGGUAAUAGACAGAGUUUUGUAUAAAUUGGAUGAAUUAGUUCGCCCUUAUGUGCAUAAGAUUCUUGUUGUUAUUGAACCAUUGUUGAUUGAUGAAGACUACUAUGCCCGUGUGGAGGGUAGGGAAAUAAUCUCUAAUCUUAGUAAAGCUGCUGGGCUGGCCACAAUGAUUGCUGCCAUGCGGCCUGACAUAGAUAACAUUGACGAAUAUGUUAGAAACACCACUGCUAGGGCCUUCAGUGUUGUUGCCUCUGCUCUUGGUAUUCCUGCACUGUUGCCUUUCUUGAAGGCUGUUUGUCAAAGUAAGAAAUCAUGGCAAGCACGGCACACGGGGAUUAAGAUUGUGCAACAGAUUGCCAUUUUAAUUGGUUGUGCUGUGUUGCCACAUCUGAGAUCACUUGUGGAGAUUAUAGAGCAUGGUCUUAAUGAUGAGAAUCAGAAGGUGAGAACGAUCACUGCAUUGUCACUUGCUGCUCUUGCUGAGGCUGCUGCACCUUAUGGUAUUGAAAGUUUUGACUCUGUCUUGAAGCCGCUGUGGAAGGGUAUUAGGCAACACCGUGGGAAGGUGUUGGCUGCAUUUCUGAAAGCAAUUGGGUUUAUUAUUCCAUUGAUGGAAGGCACAUAUGCCAGCUACUAUACUAAGGAAGUUAUGCUCAUUCUAAUUCGUGAAUUCCAGUCACCCGACGAGGAAAUGAAGAAAAUUGUUCUGAAAGUGGUGAAGCAGUGUGUGAGCACUGAAGGUGUGGAGGCUGAUUACAUUAGAAAUGAUAUUCUUCCUGAGUUUUUCAGGAAUUUCUGGGUUAGGAGGAUGGCUUUGGAUAGAAGAAACUAUAAGCAGCUUGUGGAGACGACUGUAGAGAUAGCAAACAAAGUUGGUGUUGCAGAUAUUGUUGGUAGAAUUGUUGAGGAUCUUAAAGAUGAGAGUGAACCUUAUAGGCGAAUGGUUAUGGAAACCAUUGAGAAGGUGGUCACUAACUUGGGAGCAUCUGAUAUAGACGCACGCUUGGAAGAGCUUCUGAUUGAUGGUAUUCUUUAUGCCUUCCAAGAGCAGACCAGUGAUGAUGCUAAUGUGAUGCUUAAUGGAUUUGGUGCGGUGGUAAACUCGCUAGGACAGAGAGUGAAACCAUAUCUUCCUCAGAUUUGUGGUACCAUCAAGUGGCGGCUUAACAACAAGAGUGCAAAGGUGAGACAGCAAGCAGCAGACCUCAUUUCAAGAAUUGCUGUUGUCAUGAAGCAGUGCCAUGAGGAACAAUUGAUGGGUCAUCUUGGUGUUGUCUUGUAUGAAUAUUUGGGAGAAGAGUAUCCUGAAGUUUUAGGGUCAAUUCUGGGAGCUCUCAAGUCAAUUGUGAAUGUUAUUGGUAUGACUAAGAUGACUCCACCUAUUAAGGAUUUGCUUCCCAGGUUGACUCCAAUUUUGAAGAAUAGGCAUGAGAAAGUCCAAGAGAAUUGUAUUGAUCUUGUUGGUAGGAUUGCUGAUCGUGGGGCUGAGUUUGUGCCUGCGAGAGAGUGGAUGAGGAUUUGUUUUGAGCUUCUUGAGAUGCUUAAAGCACACAAGAAGGGAAUCCGUAGAGCUACAGUGAACACUUUUGGAUAUAUUGCGAAAGCCAUUGGACCACAGGAUGUCCUGGCGACUCUAUUAAACAAUCUCAAGGUGCAGGAAAGGCAGAACCGUGUCUGCACUACUGUGGCCAUUGCAAUAGUUGCGGAAACAUGUUCCCCCUUCACAGUUUUACCAGCUUUGAUGAACGAGUAUCGAGUGCCAGAGCUUAAUGUGCAAAAUGGUGUGCUGAAGUCCCUCUCGUUCCUGUUUGAGUACAUUGGUGAAAUGGGAAAGGACUACAUCUAUGCUGUGACUCCAUUGCUUGAGGAUGCUCUUAUGGACAGGGAUUUGGUUCACAGGCAGACAGCUGCUUCUGCCGUGAAGCACAUGGCCCUAGGAGUGGCUGGUUUGGGUUGUGAGGAUGCGCUAAUCCAUUUGCUGAACUAUGUCUGGCCAAACAUAUUUGAAACUUCUCCACAUGUGAUUAAUGCUGUGAUGGAAGCCAUUGAAGGGAUGAGAGUAGCCUUGGGUUCUGCCGUUAUUCUUAAUUACUGUCUCCAAGGUCUGUUCCACCCUGCACGUAAAGUUCGGGAGGUGUACUGGAAGAUCUAUAACGCGCUGUACAUUGGAGCUCAGGAUGCUCUUGUGGCAGCAUACCCUGCGCUGGAGGAUGAGCAGAAUAACGUAUACUGUAGACCAGAGUUGAUGAUGUUCAUUUAGAUUGCAGUUUAGGUCAACCAGAACUAUUCGUAAGCAUUUUACAGAUUUUGGUGAUGUCAAUAUUAGCAAUAAUGCACGAUCAUUUAAACUCUCUAAAUCUCGUAAUACAUCCCUCGUAUGUUUAUUAAAUAUGUCUUACAUAGUGUGAAUGACUGAGAUUCCCUGUUUAUUGGCGUUAUAUUAUUUAUUUUGUUUUGCGUGUGUUGUGGUUUUUAUAUGCAGAUUUGCCCGCAUUGUUGUUAACACCUGCUUGGUUUAUCGCCCUAAUGGAUAUUGCCGUUAAGGACUUUGCAGCAAAUGAAUUCCUUAUUAUUUGAACGGGGUGAUUAUGUGUUUUUGUUCGAAUUUGGUCCAUGGGAGCUUGUGCCUUCCCACUUCCUUUCUUUGUAGCUACACCCAUUAAAUAUCCGGAUUUCUGAACAUAACACAAAUUUGCAAGUAUAUCCAGAGCACGUAUUUUCAUUUGAGGUUGGCUGAAAGUUAAUGUUAAUGGUUCUGUUGCCAAUGAUUGGUACGCCGGGUGUGGUGGAGUUAUAAGAAAUGAAUCGGGGGCUUCGAUGAUCGGUUUUAUUCGAAAUAUUUGUACGUCAUCUAUUAGAAUGGCAGAGUUGUGGGGUUUAUACACUCAUCUCUUGGAAUCUGCCCUGCUUAAAUGAGAGAAUUAUUAUGUCAGGAUAUUCGUUGGUAGUAAUUUUACAGAUUUUAAAAGGCUGAAUUUUAGGAGAUUUUUUAUUUCAAUCUAAAAUUCUUGAUAUCCAGUGUUUGGAAUUAAUUGGAAUCUAGUUAAGUAAACUUGCCUAAGGGUGUGAAUUUUUUCCGCCAAAUUUCUUCAGUUGCAAAAUUUCCUGAUACAUAUUUAGUGUUUUAAAAAAAAAAAAGGUAAAUGUGAAUCUACAUAAGCUAUAACCAGGAGUAUUAUAAUUAGUAGUAUUGAAGGGAGCCUGGAUUCAUGACUAGUAAGUACAAAACUAAAUAUGCACUUAAUGAAACUACUUCUUUCUCAUUUAGAUCAAUUGAUGUAUGGUUUUAGGUAGAAUGCUUGAGCUGAUGUCUCGGACACUGCCUAAAUUCUCGCAUGUGAUUAAGCAAGGAGAGUUCACAGCUCCUAGAAUAGAAUCGCUAAAGGCUACGAGUGAAAGGUGAUUCGAGUUGGGCUCAAGUCGGCUUCAGAGGCAAAGCGUACACAAGGGCUGGGCACUGGUCGGUUGUGGGUCCCAAAAUUCCAAACUGCAGAAACUGAACAUGGCAUAAUAUGUUCCAUUCCACCACUGUAUCUUUCCCCACCAUGGCACCAUCUAUGCCCCUAAAACCAAACUAUCAUAUAUGCCCCUUAAAACCACCACCUCAUCACUUCAUCCCUUAACCUAUUUAAUUAGGUGUACUGCGUUGUAUGACACAUUGUCAACCCAAUAUAAUAUCAUUUUGAGGAUGCUGGAGUAUCGUUUCAAGGAUGAUUGAUUUAAAAACUAUCUAAAUAUCGUUUUUAAUUAGUAUAAUACACGUGUUAAAAAUAAUUCUAAAUUGAUAAUUAGUUUAAAAAAAAAAGACUAGCUAAGUAAAAAAGCAAUGGAAAGAUGAUUUUGUUGGAGUACGUGCAAAGUAGAAAUUAGAUGUGAGGGUAAAAGAGAUGUGCAACGGCAUAGACAACAUAAGUGAGAAAGGAUAACACAUGGUGAUAGAAAUGGAAACACAAAUGAACAAAAAUAGGAUCUUUUAUUUCUAGUGCCAUUUUAUUUGAUCAAACUAAUAUAUACAAUUAAGCGCCUAGUAAUCUUAGUCUGCAUAGGAAGUAAUAAAUCCAUACG